AUGGGCAAACAGCCGGACACAUACUUCGCCUUUCUCCCGCUUGGAGCUCUCAUCCAGGAGUUUCGGGUCGCUGGAAGGAAUAUCGUCUUAGCUCUGCCUGAUGAAGAGGCGUACAGGAAGUACAAUGCGCCGUACUUUGGCAGCACCAUCGGCCGCACGACCAACCGGCUGAAGGACAGCGUUGUAAAGAAUUUGAACGAUAAGACAUACGUUAUUACCACAAAAGAAGGACCCAACUCUCUGCAUGGAGGCAAGGAAGGCUGGAAUUCUCGACUUUUCGAUGGUCCUAAGCCGGUGCACAGAAAGGGGCGCGAAUCUGUGGAGUUUAGGUACACGAGCAGGCAUGGGGAAGAGGGAUAUCCCGGUACAGUUGAGCUGCGAGUCUGGUACAUUGCAGGGAAGGAGGCUGGGAAAACGGAGCUGGAGAUUGAGUAUGAGGUCGAAUUUACGGGUUCAGAGUGUGAUGAGACGGUUGUGGGAGUUACAAACCACAGCUAUUUCAACUUGGGUGACGAUCCGACCAUCAGGGAUACAGAAGCAGUGCUGUCGACUGAUAAGUAUCUCCCGACGGAUUCGACGGGCAUCCCACUGGGGACCAUUGAGUCUUACGGUCCGCUGAGAGUCACAGAGCCCUUUAUGAUGGACGAGAAUAGUCCCGACUUUGACAAUUGCUUUAUCGUCGACACCAAUCCCGGGGACAUUCCACUAGACACCAGACCUAGAGAUCUCAUGCUCCUGGCCUCUUUCAAACAUCAAGAGUCAAAGAUGCACCUAGAAGUCCUCAGCACUGAGCCGGCCUUCCAGUUCUACACCGGCCAACACAUCAAUGUUCCGGCUGUAGGCAGGUAUCCAGCGCGCGGCCCUAGAUCGGGAUUCUGCAUUGAGCCCAGUCGAUAUAUAAAUGCACCCAAUGUCCCAGAAUGGCAGAAGAUGUGUUUGCUAAAAAGGGGUCAGAUAUGGGGUGCGAGAACGGUGUAUCGAUGCUGGAAAGGUUGA